AUGCGUCUUUUGUUUGCUUUUUUCUUGUAUUUCCUUUGCCUUGAAAUAGGUUUUCUUCGUACAGCGAAUAGUAUUACAGUUAUUGUACCAGAAAUUGAUAAACUUGCAAUACGCUAUUAUUGUGCUUCAUCAUCAUCACUUCCAAAUCAACAUCAUCGAGAAAAACGUUUUCUCUUCACUGAAAAUCCAUCAAAAGAUAAUGCUGGUUUUAAAGGAUCUGUACUUGAACAAAUGGUUGCUAAUACAUUUAAAGAUGUUAAUUAUACUAAAGUAGCUUUAUUAGUUAUUAAUAAUAAUGAAACAAUGUUUAAAAUUCGACAAAAUAUUAAUGCUGAUGCAAUUAUUCCGGCUAUUAUGCGUGAUAUUGAUUAUGAAAAAUUAGGUAAAAGUUUAUAUUAUGCUGCUGAAGUUGAAUUUGAUUUUGAACAUUUUAUUGAAAGUAUUAUUAAUAUAACUUAUAUUGAUACAAUUCAUGAAGAACUUAUUGAAAAAUGGUACUUUACCAGAUUGAUUUGUUAA